GUUAUCGGGUACCAAAGGGAGAUGAUACAUUUCUGGGCUUUCAAAAGUUAUUGGUAACCCGGAUCAACGUUACACACAGACACACACUAUGACAACUACGACAGUCAUAAAGUCACCCAGCACAGAGACUAUAUGAUAUUUAGGUCACGUUAUGAUAUUUCACCAACACAGAUCAAGCGUGUAAUCCAAACCUAUCAACAGGUCCGUGUUUGACACUGAAAGCGGGGUAACUCUGUGAGAGGUGAUUGUUCAGGAGUUCUCUGGAGUAAUCUUUUCUUUAAAAUGUGCUUUCUUGGAUUACAAAUUCUUACAGUUCAUGUGUUCGGAUUAUAUUUAAGUGCAAUGUGUUGAGCACCUAGAUCUAGACGCGUGUUUAAGCUGUAUUACUAUUGUUAUCCUGCAGUGCACUAUGUUUACAAACUAACAUAGAAGUGUAAUUCAAUUAAAAUCAUUAAUUCAUGACAGUGUUGUGAACACGAGUUGUAGUAAUUGGAUAAGGUUUGAUAACUCUAAUGACAACUAGAUCUAUAUCUAGUAGCUUACUUGCGUACUGGCUAUUUUUAGAAUCUAUGUGAAAGCGCAUGCGUGCGCCGACAGUUCAGCUGAAUUGGCUAUACUAUUAAUAUCCAGGCUAUGCAAGUGCUUCACCAACACUUCUACAAGACUUACUGAGACCUACCAUUAUGGUCUAGGCUAAUGCAAGACCUACAUCGUACGCUUGAGAUAUUCUGGCACUUAUGCUUUUGUUAGGAGUAACAAAAAUAAAGAGCAAAUAAACUAUUUUUAGCAACAGCAAGUGCAGAUUUCCAAAAGUGAUUCUUUUCACAUGUUCGGUUGGGUCAAUGGCAUGGAUCAGUGCGAUCUGAUUUCCCUCACGAGGAGUCAAGGUUAAAUAAAAUGGAACUUGGCUCUUGUGAUAUAAAGGGAUAGUAAUCCUUGAAGGAUUACGGGCACGACAUGGUCUAAUUUGUGCCGAUGUGCCAAAAACUCAAAACUCAAACUCAAAUAAAGGUCGAAAAUGUACAGAAAGUUCAAACUGGAAGUGACGAACCCUACAGGAGUGAGCAGCAUUUGUUCAUUGGACGUCAGGCAUGCCACUGCGCCAAUAGCGAAGAAGGCUCCAAGACUCGGAGAGAUCAGCGAGUCCAAGGAGGAUAACUGUACAGAUAAGAUGACUACUGGAAACUGUCACUUUGCAAGAGGUCAGGACAACCAAGACGAUAUGGUCAACAAGCAUUCCAGUACCUCAUCCUCCCCGGACAGGGAUCCCGCUGGGUUAACAGACCUAGACAGGAGCUGCAGGUCGGACGGCAAGAGUUACUCCCUCCCUCGUGGCUACCAGUGUGCGGAGGACACGGAUUUGAAGCCUUCGUAUAGAGGCUCUCACAAUCUAAGCAAACCCCCUCCUCUUAAUCACGUGACUAGAAGUUCGACUUACAGUGCUAAUUCUUUGGAGAGUUCUUUAACAUCGGCGGACUUAGUGGGUAACAACAACAAUAGUCCGGCAGAUCUGAUUAUUAAUAACCACAUCGGACAGACCGGACAAGUCGUGUCCGCUGGGGGAAAUUCCCAACAGAAUCAGAACGGUGAGCAAUUCGGCGGACACACUCCAUCCUCCCCUCUCGUGCACAGCGGGAGGGGUAUUUUGCCCCAAUCCUCCCCGGUUCACCUUCUGCAACGGAAGAUCUCAAACAUCACCGUCGACUCAGGCCGCAGCUCCACCAGCGGCGGCACCGAUGACAACAACGAGUGGGCCUUCGACGAGGAGGACGAAGACGCCCUGGUGGACGGGGUCGAAGAGAGGGAGGAAGAUCUGAUCCCACGCCGUCACAGCCUCGCCUGCGUGGAUUCCACGGGUCACCUCAACGUGCCCCAGUACCCGGACUUUCUCCUCGCCAACGAUGUUUCCCCGGACCUAAGAUUCUUUAGGACUCACUCCUCCUCGCGGGACGUCACCGCCUCGGCGCAGGGCGAACCCGAGGACAAAGCUUCGCCGUCGGCCACCACCGCCCCGGUCAGUGUGAAAAGAGCGCCAAAGAUUGUGUACAGCCAUUCCGAGGAUCGCCUGACCGCAUCCAGUGGUCAGCACAGGGCGAUUAUACCUUCCUUGCCUUACUCCCCUUACGGCUCCCCCACUGCCUCCCCUCGACUUAAAAGACAGCCCACAAUGGAGACGCACAGGGUUUCAGUUUCUGACGCGGACGGAUACACGCAAUUGAACCAGUACAAGCUGAAAGAUGAAAUUGGAAAGGGUUCCUACGGUAUUGUGAAGCUCGCAUACAACGAACAAAACGACGUCCAUUAUGCAAUGAAAAUUUUAUCCAAAACAAAGCUGAUGAAAAAAGCUGGAUUCUUUCGGCGUAUGCCUCCAAACAGGGAUGGUAGGAAGAACUCCAGACCACCGAACCCCCUCGAGAGGGUGUACCGUGAGAUCGCCAUUUUGAAAAAAUUGGAUCACCCGAACGUGGUGAAGCUGGUGGAGGUCCUGGACGACCCGGAUGAAGACAAACUGUAUCUAGUUUUUGAGCUGGUAGAAAAAGGGGAAGUUAUGACUGUACCUUCCGCGACGCCAUUUACAGAAGAGCUCUCUAGGAGUUACUUUCGUGAUAUUAUUUCUGGGAUUGAAUACCUACAUUACCAGAAAAUUAUUCAUAGAGAUAUAAAGCCUUCAAAUUUAUUGCUUGGAGACGAUGAUCAUAUAAAGAUUGCUGACUUUGGUGUUAGCAAUGAAUUCAGUGGUGGAGAUGCUUUUUUAACAAACACAGCUGGAACACCUGCGUUCAUGGCCCCUGAAACUCUUCAAGACGAUGCCCAAAACUUUCAAGGAAAGGCUUUGGAUAUCUGGGCUAUGGGUGUAACUCUGUAUUGCUUCACAUUUGGUAAAGUGCCUUUUGAAGAAGAAUAUGUCUUAGGUCUACACAAAAAGAUUCUGAAAGACUCAGUGCAAUUUCCUGAAAAGCCGGAAGUAAGUGAAGAAUUAAAAGACUUGAUACUUCAGAUGCUGGAUAAAAAUCCCACAACAAGAAUAACUCUGUCAGAAAUAAAGGAACAUGACUGGGUCACAUGUCAUGGACAGUUCCCCAUGCCAUCAGAAGAAGCAAACUGUGAAUUGGUUACUUUGACUGAAGAGGACUUGGCCAAUGUUGUAAAACAUGUCCCAAAAAUUGAGACUUUGAUCAUGGUCAAGAAAAUCUUAAAACAGAGAUCUUUUAGAAAUCCAUACAUUGGCACCAAGCUGAGUGCAAAUGUCAAGGAGGAAUUUAAAAGAACAGGUCGUUCCAAUUCAGCACCAGAGUCUUUCAACCAUGUUGUAAAAAGAAAAGUUUCUUCGGAUGCCAAUAUUGAUGUCCCUCUGAUGGAAGACAGUUGAUAAGUCCUGUAAAACAGUCAGCACAACUGGAAUUAACACUAACAUAAUCAAGGCCUUCGGAGUUCUAUGCUAGUUUCUCUCAUCUCAUUCCAGUAGCAGAUGGUUCUACAAGAAUAUGUAUAUCUAUAUUUUAUCUAAAGUGAACACAAAGAGUUACAGUAUUUUCUUCAAAUUAUAUUGUACAUAGGAUUUUAAAUAUUAAUAUUUGUCAACAUUAUUGUAUUUUUAUCUCAUCAUUGAUUACACCUAGAACUGUGACUGUGCAUGGACACUGAGACCUUUGUAGGCUACAGAUCAACUUUAAUAAUCAGACCAAGCUAGUGGUAUAAGUUUUUCACUUCAUCCUCCAUGAAAAGUGGCAUAAGGGCAAAACCCACUACAGCAGCCCUCAUUGAAAUAGAGUUUGAUGAUGAUGAUGAUGAGUGGUAGAGGGACAGUUGCAGUGAUGUCAUAAACCUUAUUGUUAAUAUUUAUCACAUAUGCCUAUUACCAAUAUAGAAUAUCAUCUAUACUGGCCUAUGGUAUUCACACAGUGAUUAAAAAGUGCAUGCUCACCAUAGCUACGAGGCAAGUGAGUGAUAAAACACCUUAUGACUGGCAUAGAAAAAGUAGCUGGCAGUAGAUGGCCCCGGUAAGAAAAAAGUUGGAGAGCUCUCAAAAAGGCUUUGGGACAAACAUUUGACACUCAUAGAAAAGCCUUUAUUGAAGACAGGUGCAGAAGAUGGAAAGAAAACUUUAAAUAGACCGCCAGUAUGAAAUGUGUGAAAAUUUGCAGGUCACAACUGGGUUUGCGUAGUCAUGUAAAACACUGCACUCAUCCUUAAUCUUCGGAAUCAAAGUCAUUGCCAUUAUCAAUGGAGAUCUUAGGCUUAAAAAGGAAUUUUCUUAUACACUAUGACUUAUCUUACCACAUUGACUUCAAUGACUUAUUUUUUUUACUACAAUGACUAUAAGGACUUUUAACUCACUGAAAUCAUACAGCCUGUACAUUUCCAUAUAUUUUUCUAUAUCUAAAUUAAAAUGCACCUGCUCUAUGCACCCUAAGAAUAUAUGUUUAUAUAUUUCUAUUCACAAAUUUUUUGUUUGUUUUUUUACUGAAUAGCUAGUGAGUACUGAUAAAUAUAAAUAUAUAUUCAAAAAUGAAAAAAAAAUCUUUCAUGAACUCAAUAAUUGACAAAAAUAGGUACUAAAUGUAAUAGUCAUCCAGGCCUAAAGUUGGUUACUCAAACAAAUUUUAACUUGUUAAAAAAAGUUAUCUUUUAAAAUUUUAGUACAUUUCUAAUCGGUCAUCAGCCAGAAUGGUAAUUAUCCCACUUACCCUAAGCAAUACAAUUUAAAGUCACUGGAGAGCAGAUGUGCUGACAUAAAAUAAUCCUGCCCAUAUAUAAACUCUAUGCUAUGACACUUAAUCAUUUAUACAUUUCUAAUCCUUCUAUACAAUGUCUUGGAUUUGUUAAGAAGCCUAAAAGGCAAUUGUUAUCUUUCAGUAGAAUUAGGUAUUAUAUAAGGUUUCUUUUUAAAUUAUCUUAAGUAAUUAUAUAAAUAAGGUUGUGCCUCUCUGAUAUUGUAUAUCAUAGUAAGAUACUUGUAUGUUGUGACAUGGCCUAAUGUGUGCCUAUGUGCCAAAUAAUCACUAAUCACUUUUAUGUUGAACUCAUAAUAAUUAGGGAAAAAAUCAAAUUUUUAUCAGAUUGUGAUUCUCUGCUUUUAAUUCUAUCAUUCAUUAAAUGCUUUGUAGGCCUACUUUUUUUCCCCCGAUUUUUUUUUUUUUGGUCUAUUCUAUGCAUUAGAAUUAUCAGCAUCAAACCUUAUUUUUUUUUAACAUUUUAAAAAAAAUUUACUUCAAAUACUUUUUGCAAUUACUUUAUUUUUUUAUUUUUAAUUUUGAUUCCAUUGUAAAAUGUAUGAAUCCAAAUAAUGAGUUUUAAAGAAUGUAUAAAUGUUAAAUAAGAAAGUUAUACUUGUGUUGUAUGUUACUGUUACACUUUUUAUCAUGACAUCUCCACAUAAAACCCUAUAUUCUACAUAACCUUUUUACAACCAAUGCAUAAUAAUAGAGCUCUGCCUAGGGUGAGUCACAGUGAGUGUUAGCAUAGAAGUCCUAUAGUUGUAUAUAUAUGAUAAAUAUCUAUCUAUUCUAAUGGACAAAAAGAGUGAGCCUAAAUGGGUAAUAAAUACAUAGCAUAUAUUAGAAACCUUCAAGUGGUUGAUUAUGUGCUGGCCACAUAUUACCACCUUAAAGUGUAGACAGUCAUAAACUGUUGGCUAUAGAGGUCUAUUCUCAUCCACUAUUCCUUAUUUUUCUUUAGAUAAUGAAAGGAAACUACAUAUACUUGGCUAGAAAUAAUCAUCUUUGUAGUAACCAGCUUGGUCAUUGCAAUGGAACCUCUGUUAAGUCUUACAUAAUGUUUACUGUGCAUCAACAAAUACUUAAUUUAAAAAAAAAAUGAAGUUAUAAAUAUUUUCAUCCUUAGAAAUAUAAAGCAAGAAGCAGCUGCCAGAAAACCUCAUAACAAAAUAAGAAACUGAACAACCUUGUUUUAGGGUCACAGAGUUCUGCCUAGUUAUAUUUAAAUCUUAACAAAAUGUUAUAAGAAGAAGAGCAUUAUGAAAUGUAUAAGCAGAAAUUCAAAGACUUAAAAUUAUUUUCUUUUUGUAACUCAGCCAAAGGAUGUUUUAAGCUGUAAAUUUUUUAACAGUGCUCCUUAUAGUAUUUACAUUGAUCUGUUUGAACAUGAUCCAAUCAAGCUUUAACAAAAAUGUAUGAAAACAAACAUAUUUCAUCCUGUUCUUGUAAUAAUGAUUUUGCUUAAAAUAUGCAACAUUUUCGUGUUAAUUAGAUUUUUUCUUUUUUUGACAUAAUAAUUUUUUUCUAGAAAAGAAAAUAUGAACACUAGAACCCAAACAUUCUUUAGGGCAAAAUGGAUUAUUUCUUAGACAGCUUACUUAGUAACAGGCAGAACUAAAAUAUUGUUAUUGCCCUGAUUCUCAUUAUUAGUGAUAUUAUUCUUCUUUUUUGCAUUUAUUUACUUGUAAUAUCAACAUGUAAAAUGGAAAUCAAUAUGACCUGAUAGUAGUUUUUUUAACCUUGGACUCUAAGUAAAUUCGUUAUCAUUCUUUUUACACACUACUGUAACUUAUUAAAAAAUGUUAAUGUUGAUUAAUACUAACAAAUAACAUUGGCCCAAAGCUAUACAACAAUUUUAUAUGAAUCAUAUGUACACCCUAUCUCCCUUACAGUAAUUUCUUCUCAGCUCUGUACGAAAAGCCACUUUCUGUAACAUGUUAAGUAACUUUUUCAAAAUUUUACUGAGUGUAUCUUUUAUAGCAUCUCUGAGAAAAGUUUUGGUCAAAGAUCCAGUGGAUACCGCCCAACUCUUAAUUAUGCGUACCACACUGUUGUCAAUAUUAUCCUUGGGUUAAAAUAGAUUUGUACUUGGAUGUAUCUAAUCCUCAUUGCUGAAGGAAGGACUGACAACUUUAUAUUCAGAUUUAUAAAAGGUCAACAUCUUAGUUGCUUCCCUGUACUAUGAGAUGGUUGUAGGAUAGUUCAUAUUAAAAUGUAUUUAAAGAUAAAAAAAAAACUGUAGUGUUAUAUUAUUUUGGAUAAAAUAAUUAGUGAAUUUUUAUUCAAGAUUUCAUUUUAUAAACUCUGUGUAACAAAUGUCCUAUUUAUACAUGUUUAUGUUUAGUACAUACAUUUUUAUUUUUAAUUUUGUGUAUAGCCUUUUUUUACUUCUUCUUUGCCCAUGGCCUUUCAGAUGUCUCCUCCCCCUUGGUCCUUUCAAACUAAGUGAAGAUAACUCUAUGUAUAUUUUACAUACCCGUGUACACACUUUUGUACACAAGUAAUUAAAAAAAAAUGAAAUUGUGCUUAAA